AUGGUGAAGUUUGUCGGCGGCCAUCCCCUUCUGGUGUGCUUCGUGGUGAUGGCCCUCACGGGAGCCUUCGCAUGCACCGAAGUCAGCCAGGCCACACCCGCUGGCCCGCCUGAGAAGCGCCCGGACUACAACACCUUCCUGAUGAUCCAGAACAUCCUUUGCUUCGCAUCCGGCUACGUCAACGCCCUGACCAUCAUCGACAUGGGCAUGACCGUCUCCCAUCAGACCGGCAACACCAGCCACACAGGACGCCUGAUUAUGAACGGUGGAGCCGCAUUCUUUCACCUCAUGGCCGCCUUCGCUGCCGGCAGCUUCGUGGCAGGCUACAGCAAGUCCGACGGUGAAGCAGUCUACCAGGGCCGCUACUCCCCCAACAUGCUCGCGUCCACUUUUUGCGUGCUUGGCGGCUGCUUGGUCCACUACUGCAAG